CUUAGAGCCUUAAAUAUUUUUACGUUGUGGAGUUCAGAUACUAGCCUACAAACAAACAGCUGCUCGAGAGCCUGUAUGAAAAUGUUAUUAGAAGGGAAAAGAGCCAUCAUAUGGAGGGUGGUUUCUGAUGUGGCUAUUAUUGGAACAGGUGGGAUCAUCCUGCUGUUGUUCAAGGUGGUAGGUGAGCCAUACAAGCGGGGAUUUUUCUGCGAUGACCAGACGCUCAUGUACCCCUUCCACUCUUCCACGGUUACAUCGGGCAUGCUCUACGGCAUUGGCUUCUCGCUAGGUGUAUUCCUUAUGCUGAUCAUAGAAGCCCUGUUGGUGUUCAAAUUUUCCAAAAAAGAUCUUCAUAAGCAAAUGGACAUAACGAAAUAUGGAAAGCUUGUGGUAUUUGUAAGAGACACUUACUUGUCACUUGUACCAUUUAUAUUUGGAGCAGCAGUUGAACACAUCUUUGCUGACAUUGGGAAGUUCAGUAUUGGGCGGUUGCGACCUCAUUUCUUUGAUGUAUGUCAGGUUAACUUUACAAAGGUGGACUGUUCAUCAGGAUACAUUGUGGACUUUGAGUGUACCGGUGACAGGCCAGAUUUAAUUGAUGAAGUAAGGAAGUCAUUUCCCUCUGGCCAUGCUUCUUUCUCUACCUAUGUUGCCGUAUACCUAAUUAUAUACAUCCAGCGCAGAACAACAUUCCUUAAACAUUAUAUUUUCCGCCCCCUGCUGCAAGCUGUACUACUCAUGAUGGCAUGGUACACGAGCCUUAGUCGCGUGAUGAACAACAAGCACCAUCCCACUGAUGUCAUAGGUGGUGCCCUUGUGGGAGCAGUCACUGCAUUCUCCAUUGCAUACUGUGUGUCAGACCUGUUCACUCUGCAACCAACAAGAGAGAAGGAAUGUAACAGCUACAGGGGUAUGAAAUCCCCACCCCAGGGGGACCCGAUAGAUCCAAAAGCCCACAUGACAAAAUUUGACACCAACCUCUGAUCAGAUUCAAUGUUUAAAUGUACUCAAGUUCUUUUUAAAUUUAUUGAUUUGAUAUUUAUAUGGAUACAUUUCUAUCAGUCAAAAAUGUGAGAAGUCGUUUGAUUUUGAAAGGAUGCUAGUUGACAUAUUGUAAAUGUUGUUGCUUUACUGAAAUGAUGUAAGCUCGCUAGAUUGUUUUUGUGGGCUUUAAAUGUUAAUUGUUGAUUAUAACAAAGCCUAAGUUGUCAUAUUAUUGACGGUGAUGUUUCAAUUGGAAAUACAGUACCAGAAACCUAAACACAAUCAUUUCAGGUUUAAAAAAACUCCCAGUACCAUUAUCAAUUAAAAAUACAUAAAACUAUUCAUGAUUACUACUAAUGUAUUUUGUAUCGCGUUAAUGUAUUUUGCAUUUAUCCUUUGAUCACAUCCUUAUUAACAAUAGAUCUGACGUGUUGUUUGUACAUGAUCAGUGUUUACUCAUUUCUGAUAUAUUAUAAGAGAUAUUUUCUGGAUUUUUCUGUGAUAUUUUUGUUAAAGAUGUUAUUAAAUCUAGUAGAAGAGUGCCGCAUAGAGUAACUCUUUAUAAGGUAAUAGUAUUUAAGUGACUCAUUAUAAGGUAAUAGUAUUUAAGUGACUCAUUAUAAGGUAGUAGUAUUUAAGUGACUCAUUAUAAGGUAAUAGUAUUUAAGUGACUCACAGGGUUGUCAAUAAGAACCGGCCGCCGACCAAAAUGGACGGUUCAAAUGGAGUUUGUGCCAGUUCAAAUUCGGAAGGAAAAAAAAAUUGAUGGCGAGUUUUUUUGUUAAUAAAUGUUCCUUACCACUAAAAACGGACCUUUUCGCCUAUAUCAUCUCUUUUUGCUAUUUAGAGCAUCGCCUUGACUGGUUUAAAAUUUUCCGAUAAUCUGUAUCAUUAUCUUACGAUUCGGCGUAUUUGUAGACAAUUUUUUGUUAUCCAACAUUGCCGACAUAUUGACAACCCUGGACUCAUUAUAAGAUAAUAGUAAUGAAGUGACUCAUUAUAAGGUGAUAGUUUUGAAGAUUCAUUAUAAGGUAAUACGGUAAUAGUGUUGAAGUGUCUCAUUAUAAGGUAAUACGGUAAUAGUGUUGAAGUGUCUCAUUAUAAGGUAAUACGGUGAUAGUGUUGAAGUGUCUCAUUAUAAGGUAAUAGUGUUGAAGUGUCUCAUUAUAAGGUAAUAGUGUUGAAGUGUCUCAUUAUAAGGUAAUAGUGUUGAAGUGUCUCAUUAUAAGGUAAUGCAACUUCCAUUGUAAACACGAUGUUUGACCAUAUCAUUAACAGAUGUCUUUCUUAAAAUUGGUGUGGGUUUGUUUAUACAGAUGUCUUUCUUAAAAUUGAUGAGGAUUUGUUUAAAUAAUGUUUUUCAUGGCUGGUGAAUAAUUCUUUCUAGUCAUGCAUAUUUGAGACUUUGCUUACAAUGAUAAACAAAUUUUUGUGCCUGGGCUGCUAUAAGUCAAAUCGUCCAUUUAUGGUGAAUAAAAAUAUAUCCGUGUGAUCUAUUGAAUCUAUGGAGGAAACUUGAUGCACAUACCGUAUUGAUCACACUCUUUCCUUUCCUCACACUGUAUGGACACAGGAGGUCAUGCUUGAACAUUUUCCGGGAGGUUGCAUACCUGCCCUCCUCCAUUCAUACAGCAUUAACAAUAAAAAAGUGUCAUCAAUCCAACUUUUCAAUGUACUUAAAAACAAUGGAACUUAUUUCUUCAUCUUUUGUGCAGUUAUUUGUGUAUAUUGUCCUUAUGUUUUCAUUUUGUAUUCAUGACUGCUACAAUAUCAAUAUUGAUGCAAUUUAUUUUGUAAUGUUACCUUAAUACAGUUAUAUAUAUGUUUGUAAGUUUUACUUUAACUACCUUCAUUAAGUGUGUUCAAUUGUAAUUGCAUAAAAAUAGAUUCGCAAUGUCCCAUCUUACAAGUUUUUGUCACUUACAAAGAUAUUAAAAAUAAUGUGUAAACCUGUUGUAAAUGUACUCUGAUGUUUUCAUCUAUUGAUUUGUAUUUUCUGCUGCAUGUUUUUGUUAUACUGUUAUACUUUCAUAUUUUUAGUUUUAAAAUAAAUUUUAAA